UACCGGUUUUUCGCAACAAUAACAAAGAUUUCCGAUCACUUUUUUCAGAUUUUUCCCAAAGAUUUGUGCCGGCAAACUCCGAAAAUGGCCCGCCAGCUGACCAAACUUGGGUAUCUCGACGUAAAGAAAACGCUGUUUAUGCUGUGCGAUCUGCAGGAUAAGUUCCGACCGGGCAUGAAGAUGUUCGAUCCAGUGAUAAAAAACACAAGCAAACUGCUACAAGCCGGAAAAAUGCUGGACGUACCGCUCAUCGUCACCGAGCACUAUCCGGAGAAGCUGGGUCGCAUCGUGAAAGAGCUGGACAUUUCGCACGCCAAAGGUGUGUUCCCGAAGACGCUGUUCAGCAUGAUGAUCCCGGAUGUGCAACGGCGUAUCGAGGAGCUGUAUGGUCGCGAAGGUCCCGAAACGGUGGUCCUAUUUGGGCUCGAGUCGCACAUCUGUCUCGAGCAGACGGCAAUGGAUUUGCUUAGCCAGGGAUACACCGUACAUGUAGCGGCCGAUUGUUCCGUGUCGCGCACCCAGGAAGACCGCAAGUUGGCCCUUCAGCGCCUGCAGCAGUACGGGUGCUUCGUAUCGACGAGCGAAAACAUUAUCUUCAAGCUGAUGCGCGAUAAGCAGCACCCGGCGUUCGAUAAGGUGCGCCAUGUCGUUCGCGAUCCCUCGAUCGACACCGAGCUGGCCAAACUGUGAGAACGAAAAUCCGGAACAUUCGAACGAUUCGACACAAAAGGUGGAGGGAAACAGCACUAGCGAUUAGUGGCUCCGGCGGUUGGCUCCAAGAGCGAGAGGAAAUUAUGUAAAGUGCAUUUAGAUUUUCGGAACAAAUGUUACAAACAAAUUGCUGAUUGUUUUUAGUAAAAGUACUGCAAGAACGUAAA